CUUUCAUGCCUAGCACCCACCCACAAAUGGGCCACACUCUCAGUCCGUACCAUGGCCCGGACAGUAGGUGUACCCUUUACACAUAAGCCGCCCCUUCCCCACACCCACAAUCACUUGCAUAAAUUCUCACCACCAGCCCUUCACAAACUGCCCCAACAUCACCAUCAUUUUCUUCACAACCCAAUUCCCUCCUCCUCCCACCGCCACCACCUCCGCUUCGGUGUCUCAUGAGACAAGAAAGAGGAUCCACAACAGCUAGUUUCAGCGAUGGAGAGCCCAGAUUUUUCGCCACCCCACUCCGACCCCUCCAGGCCGUCCUUAGGCUUCCCUCUCGGCACCGCUCUUCUUCUGAUCAUCAUAUUCAGCUUGAGCGGAAUCUUCUCCUGCUGCUACCAUUGGGACAAACUCCGAUCCCUCCGCCGAUCCUUCUCAGAUGACAGGGACCCUGAAGCAGAUGUCCAAGAAUCUCCCUCAAAAACCAAACCCGAAUAUACGGGUUUAAAGCAGAACCUGAGCCAAAGCAUGCCAGUACUAAUGCCUGGAGAUCAGAUUCCAAAGUUCAUAGCAUUGCCAUGUCCCUGCGAGCCUCCAAGAGCCGAGAAGAUCGUUGUACAGGUGCAGAAGCCACCCUCUAAGCCACCUCGUUUUCCAGUUCCUUUGUAUUAGCAAAGUUACCAUUUCAUGUAUAUUAUCAAAAAUCAAAUUAAAUUUUCCUCUAAAUUAUGUGUAAAAAAAAAUAGAUUUAAUGCCAUCACACCAUUUGAUGAGGUCUGUUUGUAAAUUAUUUCCAUUUAUUUAAGGAUAUAUUUUACUGAAUUUUUGUAGUCAGUCUCUGGGAUAAACAGAAGAUCCCAAAAUGGCAGCCUAAAAGAAAUGGAAUGUAGUGGUUGAAGUUGCAAUGAAUUGUUUAA